UCGAAAUAAAGAAUAAAGAAGAUUUAUAUUUGUUUACUAUUUCAAUCCUUUGCCAUCCGUCUAUAUUUUUAAACAUUGCUGUUUUAAAAGAGCGAAAUAAACGGGCCUGUCUUUAUUUUUUUCUAAAUCGGCAAUUCUUUUCCAAAUCUGUAAAUUAUGGCCGACGAAGAUUCGAACUCCAGGAGUCGUGAAAACAGCAUCUCAGAGUCUCCAGGCCUAGAUGGGGAAUUUAGUUGGCCCAAGUCAUUAGAACGGUUAGAUUCGUCAAGCAACGACGGUGUGUUAGGUUUAGAAACAAGUUUAGAUCCAAGUCUCGAUGUUUUGGAUGUCUCCGGAGAUCAUGGAAACGACGUUGAUGACCCGGAACUUGAAGCAAUCAAAGCUAGAGUGAAGGAAAUGGAGGAAGAAGCAGAAAAACUGAAAGAUAUGCAGAAAGAAAUUGAAGGAUCUUUGAAUCUAAGCGCCAGCCCAACUACAGCAGCACUUCCAACUCUCGAAGAAAAACAAGAGGUUGAUGCAAGAUCAGUUUAUGUUGGAAAUGUAGAUUAUUCUGCAACUGCCGAAGAACUUGAACAACAUUUCCACGGAUGUGGAUCAGUAAACAGAGUAACAAUACUAUGUGAUAAAUACACUGGACAUCCAAAGGGUUUUGCCUACGUUGAAUUUGCCGACAAAGAAAGCGUGAACAAUUCCACUGCUUUAACAGACUCGCUUUUUAAAGGUCGACAGAUCAAGGUUGUACCAAAAAGGACCAACCAACCGGGCAUCAGCUCAACAGACCGUGGAUUCUCCAGAGGCCGGGGACGUGGUAGAUCUCGUGGUUUUCAUAGUCCUGGGUACUAUCCAGGUUACAGACCAAGGAUUCGAGGACGUGGAAUGUAUAGGCCUCGGCGAAGAGGAUGGUAUCCCUACUGAAUGGACAACAAAGUUAUUUAUUUGGAUGCCAAUGUUGCCCUUCCGUGGAUUUUUGAGGUUGUAACAAAGGAAGGUGAUGAAAAAAAAGGGAAAAAAUAGAUGAAAAAAAGAAAAAAAAACAAAA